GGGGAAUCUAACGGGGACCCGGUCGGUAACGGAGGACUCGACCUACAGAGGGAUCGCGCUCACGGACAAGAUGAGCGGCGCGCGCCUCGCCCUGCACGGGCUGCUGCUGCUCUGCCCGGUCCUCGGGGUGCAGCACCAGCUGCUGCCCGGGACCUGCAACUUUGAGCUGGGCACCUGCGGCUACACGUCAGACCCAGAGUACGGCAGCUGGAGCAUGAAUGAAGAAGGGCAUUUGAUAACGGUGGACUCGGCCUCCUUAAACAACCAGGACCAGGCGGUUCUAGUCAGUCCGCUCCUGGAGCAGGAGGACUGGAGCUGCGUGCGGCUGGUGUACCAGAUCACCGGAGGAGGUUCCCUGCAGCUCCACCUCAGACCCGAUGGAGAUAAUUUUGACUAUCCUUUGUGGACGGCCAGCAGAGCCUCUGACAGCUGGCUCAUUGCCAGCGUAGAUCUGGCAAACACCACGACCCCUUACCAGAUUUUGCUGGAGGGUCGACCUGAACGUGGCUCGGGGACUAGCGUGGCCAUCUUUGAAAUUCACAUUGUUCCUGGUUACUGCAUGGAGUGUAAUUUUGAGGAGCAUCACUUGUGCGGCUACAGCAACAGCUGGAACCCAAAUGUCAACUGGUACGUUGGAGGGAGUGUGGCCAGAGAGCCUCAGUCUAACAACAAUAACCAGAGAGGCUACUACAUGUAUGUGGACUCUGUGUACGCCAAGCACUUCCAGGAAGUAGCCAAGCUGACUUCGCCCAUGACCACGGUGCCCAUAGCCGGCUGCCUGUCCUUCUACUACAACAGAGAUCAAGAGAGAGGGAACAUCUUUUCGGUUUUCACCAGAGACCAACUGGGCCACUACGAGGAGAUCUGGAGGCCAGGGGUGUAUGCUACAUCUGGCUGGACUCAAGUCAGCGUCGAUAUCAAGGCCCCUCACCCGCUGGAGGUGGUGUUUGAGGUGGCCUUCAACGGUGCCAGAGGGGGAUACGUGGCAAUAGAUGACAUCUCCUUUUCUCCUGAAUUUUGCCACACUGACACAGAACCAACCGUUGACCCCUCCAUAGCCAACUGUGACUUUGAGAAUGGGCUGUGUCUGUACCAUCAGGAGUGGACAGAGAGUAAGGUGUGGAGCAUCAUGUCAGUAAAGCCUAAUGCCUACAGGACAGGAGACCAUACCACAGGAACAGGAGGUUUCCUCGUGGCAAACACACGUUUUACUUUGCAGCCCGGCUAUGUGGGUCGGCUUCACGGUCCUUUGUUACCAGGCAACCACAAAUACUGCCUGAGGUUCUACUACCUGCUGCAUGGCUUUAGGAAAGUAGACAAUGCUCUGUUUCUCUACAUUUAUGACGAGAACAAUGUGGCCCAGGAGAAGGUGUGGAGCCUGACCGACACUUCCAGGGCUGUAUGGACUGAGGUGGAGAUCACCUACAUGAAGCCAAUGUUCACCAAGGUAGUGUUUGUCAGUAUAUGUAAGAACUUCUGGGAAUGUGGCCUGGCUGCCAUCGAUGACAUCACAGUCAGCCUGGGGGACUGUCAAAUGACAGCAGGCUCCCUCCCGGGCCAGUGUGACUUUGAAGGUGGAGUCUGCGGCUACAUCCAGGACAAGAGAGAAGACAAAGCCGACUGGCUGAGAACCCGAGGACACACCCCGACCUCUUUUACAGGACCCCGAGGAGACCACACUACUGGGGUGGGCUACUUCAUGUACAUCGAGGCGUCCCUCAUGCGUCCAGGUGACAAGGCCCGACUGCUGACCUCUGACCUCCGGGGCUCUUCGUCCCCUCAGUGCCUGGUCUUUUACCACCACAUGUACGGCUCCGGCACCGGCAUACUGAGCGUGCUCCUGCGCCGCGCCGACGGACAACGCGACACUCUGCUGUGGCGAAGCCGCGGCGAGCAGAGCGUCAGCUGGAUGAGGGCCAUGGCGGACUACCACUGCGACGUCCGACACCAGAUUGUAUUCGAAGCCAUCCGGGGCCCGACACUGCGGAGCGAUAUCGCCAUCGAUGACAUCCAUUUCCAAAGGGGGCCUUGUGAAGAUCCCGCCGACGUCACUCCGUACUCGGGCUUCUCCGAGUAUUUCAAUGAGAUUGAGAAAUGAGACGGCCGGGACGUUCAAUCUCACAAUCGUUGCACCUCACACUCAUCACUCAAAUACGCAACGACAGGCCGGUGUUAAGGCCAGUCAACACUGCACGAAAGAAAGGUUGUGCAAAUAUUUGCCAUUUAUUUGGCACAGGAUUUAUUUUAUUUUAGUCCCCUAAACCGCUUGUCAGUAUAGUUGCUACGAAAUGUUCCUCAAAGCAAACUGUGUAUUUUCUGGGGAGUAUUGUUAGCGCCAAUGAAUCAACAUUCAGUUCUCUAGUGAGCAUUUGGAGCCAAACGAAAUCAACAGUUUCUGUGUUCAUGGUGAUAAAGGUCCGUGUCAGUGCUGUGUUUAACACUGCAACAGGCGAAGAAGACAUGUCAGGCUACAAUAAAAAUAAAAUGCGAUAGUAGAUACAUUUAUUAUUGGUUUGGAUAUUUUAAUGAGAGGGAAUGUGGCCAACCUCCCUAAAAGCUGCUCAGAGAGGUCGUAGUUCCUAAAUGUGGUUUAAAGACUCAGGAUAAAAAAAUCUGUAGGAAAGAAAAACAAAAAGUAAAACCAGAGUGCAUAGAAGUGGUGCGUAGAUGUGGUUUGUGUGGGAGGAAAACAAAGCACACGGCCACUAGACAACACCAUGGACACAUUAAUGGUAAAAAAACACACCAGGCAGCGGCAACGGACACUUGUUUGGCCUCCAAAACGCAAGCAGGCAGUACUAGUAAUAGUCCUUUCAUUUUUUGCCUUUUUUCCACAAUUGUUUGUUUACUUCUGUCCUGUUUUUAUUUGUUUUGUAGUAUCCAAUGUUUCAAUGUACACAUGGAUUGGAUUCCCGUCUCACAAUAGGUCCACGGGUGUUUUGGUGGUGUUUUUUCAUCAGAUUCCACACAAGUCGUAUUACGUUAGUUCCACUGUGACAAAGGAUACGAGUCCAGCAUCAGUCUUAAGCCCCAAUCAGAUAUUGUCACUUUUGUUUUUGGUAAAUCCAGUGUAUCAGUAUCUUCUCAAGGCAUGGAUUUGGGGAGGUGCUGGAAACCUUCCCAGGGGAUUUAAUCAGUGCCCAGUUAUUUGGUAUUGUAACAUCCCUGUGGACUUUUCAGCCAAUCAUGCUACUAAUCUUUAAUCUUUAGUUCUGCUGGGCACCACUGCAGCUGUCAGCCACACUGAAUGUGGAGGUGUGAGCAGUAAUCCAGAGGUCUGGAACCUGACUACAUACUGUGUGCUUCUCUACUGACGACUUGACAUUAUUUCUUGCUUUUCUCACAAUUCUAUUGACACCAAAGUGCAUGAAUCCGUCACUUGAACCCUCCUGUUGCUGCCAUCUUGUUUUUUUUAAAACCAGCAACACAACAAAAACACGGUAAUCCACCAGAAAGAGAGGUAGCCCCGCCCUAAAGCAUAGCUUGCUUUAUGGUUUAUUUAUGACUCUAAAUUUACCAUAAUUAACUCAACAAACAUUGUGCUGUGGAUUUGAAACUAGAGAUUGAGACAUCAACUCAUGUUUAGUUUGUGUCCAGAAGGAAUUAAUCGAGAGAAGAAGAGUCAUUUAAUACAACCAGACUUCCUCUUGUAACCAGAGGAGUCGCCCCCUGAUGGACAUUGAAGAAAAUGCAAGCUUAAGACAUUAAAACUUUGUCUUCCCUCUUUACAACCGGAGGUCUUUGUGUAGCGUAGAGUGCUUCUCAGUGCUCCACGACAAUAUUUUUGGUAACUCUCAAAUCAUUCCUCAGGGAGAACAUCAAAAAUAUUAAAAAGGCCAAAUAUUUGGAUGGUCAACCAAUAAUAUAAGUUCAAUGUAGUAAUCCUAAGUCUUCAUUUCUAUCAUAACUAACCGUUUGUAAACAUUUCUUGAGCAAACCAAGCCAGGUUUGUGUUUGUGUUUGCUUCUAUUCAUGUGUGGAUUCAUUCAUCUCAUGGACCACGACAACAUGUGACGCCCGAUGAGCUUUUUACGGCAGUCAAACCAGAUCAUGUUUUGAAGCCUGUUCUUUUCUGUUAUUUGACAUUCUUUUCUUUUCUAUCAGGUCUCUAUGUUACUUGCAGGAUAUAUACAAUGUGUAAAUAAAAAGGCAAACUACAUAGACAAAAUCAUUCGGUUUGACAUUGAAUAAAAUUGUGUUAACGUAGUAGUACUUUUGACUUAUAUUUUACAUACGUUACUGAAAAAGCCCGUUUCUGGAUAUCUACCUGAGACUGAUGUGCCCGGAUGAGACUCACACGACAGCGUCGCUAUGGGGCUAUGUUUCGUAGCCUGACUACCGAUCACAUGGUUCACGCUUUUACAUCACAUUACAUCACAUCAUGUCACGACUGGUGAGUACAUGAAACGAGGUAAAGACCCACAUGCACACAAUAUAGGCAAAGACUUCAGGGUUUUAUUGUAAAACUGGAGGUUUAAAGAUUCCUGGAACCCAGGCCCUGUCAAAGUUUAUCUUAUUUCAAAUUUAAAUUUGAGUGUAGCCAAAGGGCAACGUCUGCAGUGUGUCGCAGCCCACAGUCAGAGGCUGCCACCCGAUUCAGUGCAGCCGCAGUGAAGAAUGCCACGCCCUUCUUUUAGGAGUAGGGUGUAAACACAGAGGCAUCAUUCAAGUCCAACUCCCAUUUCAGAAUCCAGGAACUUCUAUGACUUGUAAACAUGGUUUCUUAGCAGCAUCUUUCGGAAAAAGAAUACUCCCGAGCCUCUUUGGUGGCAUUUAUUUUUCAUUUUGAACUCUGAUGCCAAAGAGCAGCUUGGUGGCGUCUGCCGUUUUCUAGACAUUUGAUCCACAACCUUUAAGUGGUUAACGACUGUACUGUACUCCCACUGUGGGAUUGACUUACGGUUACUUUUUCUUCUUCUUCUUUACAAUAAAUAUCUGUACGUGUGACCGCACCAAACUACGAUGGGUCAUACAGAGUAAUAGAUGUGAUGUGUUUAACCCACUUACUGCUUUUGGCCGGUACUUAACAUGGCAGAUCUGCCACACGGAGGCACCUGUACAGUGGAAGUGGAAUGGAGAAGGUGUAGGAAGCCAGAAAGGAACCGGACCAAAAGUCCAAACCGAAAGCAAAUGCAAAUGGGGCAUGAAAAAAUAAAGAUAUAGAUCAUGAUCAUGUUCA